AUGUGGUGGAUUAUCACUAGUAUAUUGUCUAAUGAAGAUGAUAAUAAUGAGGAUAACAGUAAUAAUGAUGAUGAAAACAAUGAUAGUGAAGACAAUAGUAAUGAAAAUAAUGAUAAUGAAGAUAAAAAUAAAGAUAAAGAAGAUAAAGAUAAAGAAAAUGAAGAUAAAAAAGAUGAAGAUAAUGAAGAUAAUGACAAUGAUGAUAAAGAGACUGAAGUUGAUAGUAAUAAAGGUGAUAUCAAA